AUGUCUUCCUCGGAAAUUAGCUCCAAACCAUCUGGCCAGCAAGACACUGGUCAGAAGAAGGCAGCUGCACUAUCGUCUGAUGACACAUUUGAGGACAGAAAUCAAUUAAAGCAAGAACUUGAUGAAGCUCCUGUUGAACCAGUGGCAGCUCCUGUUGAAAAUAAAUCAUCAUACCUUUUUGCUGGUGUGAUGUGUCUUCUUAUUGCAUUCGGUGGUUUUGUUUUUGGUUGGGAUACGGGUACCAUUUCCGGUUUCGUGAACAUGCCAGAUUUCUUGAAAAGGUUCGGUCAAUGGUCUGAUGCUGAUAACGAGUACUACUUGAGUAAGGUCAGAACAGGUUUGAUUGUUUCCAUUUUCAACAUUGGUUGUGCUUUCGGAGGUGUUACACUCGCUAAGACAGGUGAUAUUUACGGAAGAAAGAAAGGUUUGAUGGUUACUAUGGUUAUUUACAUUGUUGGUAUUAUCAUCCAAAUUGCUUCCAGCAGUUCAUGGAUUCAAUAUUUCAUUGGAAGAAUUGUUUCAGGUUUUGCUGUUGGUUCGAUUUCUAUUUUGUGCCCAAUGUUCAUUUCCGAGACUUCUCCAAAGGCUAUCAGAGGUACAUGUGUUUCAUCGUAUCAGUUGAUGAUCACCUUGGGUAUCUUCUUGGGUUACUGUACUGAUUACGGUACUUAUCACAACUAUGAUGACUCCAGACAGUGGAGAAUUCCAUUAGGUCUUUGCUUUGCUUGGGCUUUGUUUAUGAUCUUCGGUAUGACUUUGAUGCCAGAAUCACCAAGAUUCCUUAUUGAGAAGAAGAGAAUGGAAGAGGCCAAGAAAUCAGUUGGUAAGGUUAACAAAUGUGCACCAGAUUCGGACUUUACUCUUCAGGAAGUUAACCGUAUUAUUGAUGCUAUCGAGACAGAAGCUCUUGCAGGUAAUGCUUCUUGGGGAGAGUUGUUCACAGGUAAGCCAAAGAUUUUCUACCGUUUGGUUAUGGGUAUCAUGCUUCAAUCUCUUCAGCAAUUGACAGGUGAUAACUAUUUCUUCUACUACGGUACUACGAUUUUCAAGUCUGUUGGUUUGACAGACUCGUUUGAAACAUCUAUCAUUCUUGGUGUUGUCAACUUUGGAUCCACCUUCCCAUCUCUUUACAUUGUCGAUAAGUUUGGAAGAAGAUGGACGCUUCUUAUUGGCUGUGUUGGUAUGCUUGUUUGUCUUGUUAUCUUUGCCUCUCUUGGUGUUAAGACCUUAUACAAGGGUGCUUACGGUGUUGAUCCAAACACAUCUGCAGGUGACGCUAUGAUUUUCCUUGCAUGUUUGUACAUUUUCUUCUUUGCUACCACCUGGGGCCCAACUGUUUACGUUGUUGUUUCCGAAACUUAUCCAUUGAGAAUCAGAGCUAAGGGUAUGGGAUUGGCACAGUCUGCUAACUGGCUAUGGGGAUUCUUGAUUGCAUUCUUCACUCCAUUCAUUACAGGUGCUAUUCACUUUGCAUACGGUUACGUGUUCUUUGGAUGUGUUGUGUUCGCAUUUUUCUACGUUGCUACCUGUGUUCCAGAAACCAAAGGUCUCUCAUUGGAAGAUGUUGAUGAGCUUUACAGACAUUUCACUCCAGGUACUGCCUUCCUCUCAAAGUUUUCUAAUGCUAAUAAAGCUAAAGAACUGGCUGAAGAGGGAGAGGUCGCCCAGAAAGCUUAA